GUAUUUUGGGUGCAUUUGAAUAAGGGACUUUAUUUUGCAGUAACUGACAACAAUUCUUGAAAUAAGGGAAGUUCAAAUGUAAUUAUUUAGUGGGGAAGCCAUAUGAUAAAGAUAUUAAUAUGAGCCGGGAGCCGGUGGAGCAGACGGAGUCCCACAGUGAACAAACAGACAGUGAACAACAUGACCUCAACUUCCCAAGACAAAUUAAAACCGAAGAGAUCGGCGACUCCCCAAGCUCCCCAAACUCAAAGACAUGUCACCUGACGCAAGGGUCCUCGAUUUGCACGGGGGACCUGCCCCACCUGCUCCCCCUACAGCAGCUGGUCCUGGUUCCUGGCUCACACCUCCCGCCCUCGUCGUCCUUCCUCCUCUCUCAGACGCAGACGGGACACCAAGCCCUGUUGCAGCAAAACCUGCUGUCGCUGCCGCCGCAGUCCCAGUCGGCGCACGUGCAGCACCAGCCCGGAGUCGCCAUCACGCCCCAGGCAAUGAGUCGAACAGGCCUGACCGGCUCUUCUCUGGAUGGGCACCUGGAGAUGCCCCACCUGCAGGUGCCCAAACACAUGCCCCCCUCGCAGCAGGAAGAGCCUAAUGACCUGGAAGAGCUGGAGCUCUUCGCUAAGGCCUUCAAGCAGAGGCGCAUCAAGCUGGGCUUCACGCAGGGCGACGUGGGUCUGGCCAUGGGCAAGCUCUACGGCAACGACUUCAGCCAGACCACCAUCUCCCGCUUCGAAGCACUGAACCUCAGCUUUAAGAACAUGUGCAAACUGAAGCCGCUGCUGGAGAAGUGGCUGAGCGAUGCAGAGAACUCGCCGUCGGACGCCAUGGCCAGCGCUACCACCUUGCCCCCACCUAUAGAGGGGUACGGUCGAAAGAGGAAGAAGAGGACUAGCAUAGAGACAAAUAUCAAGAUGACUUUGGAAAAACGCUUCCUGGAUAACCCCAAACCCAACUCGGAAGAGAUCACGCUGAUCUCGGAGCAGCUGUCGAUGGAGAAGGAAGUGGUCCGAGUCUGGUUCUGUAACCGGCGCCAAAAGGAGAAGAGGAUCUUCUGCCCCGUGUCCACAUCGCCCAUCAAGCCACCCAGCUUCAGCUCCAGACUGGCUCCCACCUCCAGGCCUUUCAGCCCACCUACAGCCAGUGGGGUGUCGUCCAGCUCCUCUCCCAGCAGCCCCAGUCGUGGGUCUCCCCCGAGCACCGUCACCUCGCAGGGGGUCAACCCGCACCUCAGUGCCCCUGGGUCGUGGUACAGAGCCUGGAACCACUCCUCCUACCUUCACUGAGAAGUUCACGUCCCGAUGAUUGAAGGUUAACUUAAAUAUGCCACCCAAGUCAAAUGUAGAGAAUGUUUACAGAGAUAGGAAAGAAGGGGGGGGGGAAACCAACUGGACACUGGUAUGUAAGAUAAACAGAGCUCCGGAUAUAAUUUUUAAUCUCUGAACUACAUAAGCCUCCUCUGCCUCGAAUUUUCCGAAGACCGUUACGAAGAGCUCCAGCUGUGACGUGGGUGUGGAUGCGCGCGGUGCCGAGAAAGCCGAAACCGAACCUUUACAGCAUCAGCACUGAACUGAGAGGGACAGCCUGAAGUUUCCUUGAUUAUGAAAGAUGAAGACACCGCGUGGCCAAUGUGCACUCGUUUAAGGA